CUAUAUUGUCAUCCACACUUACUUUUUUGUGCUAUUCCUUCCUUAUGUCUUCUGUCAGCGCGUUCUACAUUCCUUUCUUCAACCUUUUCGGCAAGGGUUCCCUUGUCGAGGCUGCCAACCAGAUCAAGAACGCCGGUUACAAGAACAUCCUCAUUGUCACCGACCCUGGUAUCAUCAAGAUUGGUCUUUGCAAGCGCGUCCAAGACUUGUUGGAGGAGCGUGACUUGAAGGUCGCUGUCUACAGCAACGUCCAACCCAACCCCACAGUCUCCAACGUCGAUGGCGGUGUCAAGGUUGUUCGUGAGCAGAACAGCGAUGCUAUUGUCUCCAUUGGAGGUGGUUCCGCCCAUGACUGUGCUAAGGGUGUCGCUUUGCUCGCUACCAACGGCGGUAAAAUCCAGGACUACGAGGGUUUGGACAAGUCCAAGAAGCCUCAAUUGCCUUUGAUCGCCAUUAACACUACUGCCGGUACUGCCAGUGAGAUGACUCGUUUCUCUAUCAUCACCGAGGAGACCCGUCACAUCAAGAUGGCCAUUGUCGACAAGAACCUGACUCCCCUUAUUUCUGUCAACGACCCCGAGACCAUGUAUGGUCUCCCCGCCGGUCUCACUGCCGCCACUGGAAUGGAUGCUCUUACUCAUGCUGUUGAGUCUUAUGUUUCCACUCAAGCCAACCCCAUCACUGAUGCUUGUGCUCUCAAGGCCACUGAGCUGAUUGCCAAGUUCUUGGAGCGCGCCGUUAAGAACGGUAAGGACGAGGAGGCUCGUGAGAUGAUGGCUUACGCCGAGUUCUUGGCCGGUAUGGCUUUCAACAACGCUUCUUUGGGCUACGUCCACGCCAUGGCUCAUCAAUUGGGUGGUUUCUACAACAUUCCUCACGGUGUUUGCAAUGCCGUUCUUCUUCCCCACGUUCAACGCUUCAACUCUAAGGUUGUUUCUGCUCGUUUGGGAGACAUUGCCAAGCAUUUGGGUGCUUCUGAGCAUACCGCUGAGGGUGCCAUUCAAUUCAUUAAGGACCUUGUUACUCGUAUCAACAUCCCCACUCAUCUCGAACAGCUUGGUGCCAAGCGUGAGGACUUUGACAUCCUUGCUACGAACGCUAUGAAGGACGCCUGCGCCGUCACCAACCCUAUUCAACCUACUCACGAGGAGGUCAAGCAAAUCUUCGAGUGGGCCUUUUAAGCCAACACAUAGAAUUUCUCAGCAACUUAUGUAGUGCCACGUUAAGUAAUAGAAAAACGUUUAUUUUGGAA